UCAACGGGGCGGCGAGUCGAAACACAGGAAGUUCAUUACUAUUAUUAGCCAGACAGAUUGAUAGCUAACUUUUGUUUUUCAUGAUAUAUACGCAGACGUUUUGUUCUGAUUGGCAACUGUUAACAAAACUGUACUCUUGUCAGGCUAGUACGUUAUUAGAUAGCAGUGCCCGUCAUGCCAGUCGUUCGAUGCUUUGUUUGUUUUCUGGUAAAUGGUUGCUAUGUUAGCUAGCUGAUGUUAGCUAACCAGUCCGAUCAUUUAUUGCCCAGCAUCAUGUGCAUCUGCUCUUUUAUAACGUUUAAAAUUAGAUUUUUUUUGGUCCUCGCUGAUAACAUUUAUCAUCGGAUAUCCACUUGUACUUCAAAUCAAAAGCUCUUCUCUCAGUAUUAGUACUGAUCAUCAUGUCCAUCGACUUUGAUAGUGCUGCUCUGCAAACUCAACAUGAGGAGGAGGAAUACGAUCCAGAGGACUAUGCCCGAGAGCAAGAGCUCCACAAGCUGCUCACUGACCUGCCUGAUGACAUGCUGGAGGACAGCAGAGACUCCUCCUCUCCUGAGCUGGACUGCUCUGCCUGCAGCAACCCAGACACACGGAACAGAUCACAACAGCCGACGUGGAAUCACCAACAAACUGAAUGGUCCGAUCACCAAACACCUGCCUCACAUGAAGAAAACUAUGAGAAGGACUAUGACCACGGCUCCUACCAUGAAGAGUACCCCUACGAGGAGGCUGCUGUGGUUGGGCAGCUCAACGGCCAUGCCAACCAUGCCAGUGUCCCCCAACAGGGCCACCCCCAGGCCUGGAACCAGCAAGGACUGACUGAGUACCAGCAUGAGGAGCAGCAGUAUGGUGAGGGAUACACAUACACCAGCGUGGGUACUGAGCAGUCUGCAGCAGCCGGCCCUGAUUUCUCCACGGAGGAAGGGGGGUAUGGCGAUGAGCUGUACCCACGUGGAGCUGUUCUCCCUGGGGUGGAGUACCAGAGAGUAGUGGGGGGCCGUGGGGACGAGCAGCACUACGCUGGUGGGGAUCAGAACAGCACCAGGAAACAUGUCCAAAAGUUUGACAGCGGGGGCUCAGGAGACCAUUAUAAGGCCAACUACAACCCCUACCAGCCUGCCGUUCAGCCCAAGAUGUUCAACUCGGAGGUCCCCCACCAGCACCUCGACGACCACUAUGACCAGCUGCAGAGAGACUUCCUGGACUCGGCACAGAGUACUGCAGACACUCAGCAGCUAGCCCAGCUUCAGAUCCUCAACAAGGCCCAGCUGAGACAGAUCGAAGACCUGGAGCAGAAACUGGAGGAUUCAAGACGCAAUAUGAGAUACCUGGAGCAUCAGUUUGCCAUCGUGAGAGAUGAGAAGGAGGGUCUGGCGGUGAGUCUGAAGGAGUCCUGCAGAGUGAUGGAGGAGGCCAAGGAGAGAGAGGUGCUGCUGCAGACUAGCGUUACGUCUCUGGAACUGCAGGUUCAGGCUCUUACCGACCGAGAUCAUGAGAACACCAAGAAGCAGCGUGUGGCGGAGGCGGCGGUGGACAGCAUGCAGCAACAGAUGACAGAACUGUGUCGGUCAGACAGUCUGUCUAGACUCCGAGAGCAACACGACAGAGACCUUACAGUGGUCAGAGAGCAGCACGACGCCAAGCUGUUGGUGUUACAGCAGAGACUGGACACCUGCAAUCAGGCCCUGGUAGAACAGGCGGAGGUGAUUCAGGGUCUGCGUGACCAGGUGAGGCAGCAGGAGAGACGGAGAGAGGAGGAGCAGGUAGAGAGAGCAGGAAUCAUCAACACUCUCACACAGCGCCUACAGGAGAGCCAACAGCAGUGUGCCAAACUGCUACAGACUGGUUCAGUCCAGGAGAUGGGCCAGCUGCAAAUGAAACUACAACAGACUCAGUCAGCCAAGACCAUGAGUGACAACAUGAACAAAGCCUUGCAGGAGGAGUUGUCUGAGCUGAAGGAGCAGAUCUGUCUGUAUGAGUCUGCUGUGAAACAUGGAGUCCUCUCUGUUGAGGUGACCAGGGGAGAUGUCUGGGAGAACCAGCUGUCUGACUCCUAUGUAGACCUGGGGAUCAAGAAGACUCACUGUAAGAACGGACAAAUUCACAGCACUCCUCUGGUGGAAAUGUCUGAGCCCAACUCAAAGCUGCCCAGAGAGAAGGAGGACGGGGCUGUGAAGGAGCUCCGGGCAGAGUUACAGCGCUGUCUGGCCAGUCUGAAGGGGAAGAGGCAAAGGAUCGGUCAGCUACAGGACCAGCUACGGGACUCACAGGGACGGGUGGACCAGCUACAGACCAAGCUAGACCAGCUACAGACCAAGCUAGACCAGCUACAGACCAGCAACACAGCAGAAACCAGACCAAUGGACACACAUCCAGAUGUAGCUUCCCAGAAAGAGCUGUCCAGGCUGCAGGAGGACAGGCAGCGCCUGCAAGAACGCCUCGAGACGCUGGAGAUGAAGAACGUGGAGCUGAAGCAGAGGGAGGAGAAAGUGAAGGGGGCCAACUCUGAGCUGUGUACCAAGAUGAGAGAGAUGAUCCAAGAGCUGGACCAGGAGAAGCAGGAGGCUGCUCAGAGGUAUGAGCGGACCCAGCAGCAGUUCAGAGACGACGUAGUGAACCGUGUUCGUUCAGAACUCACCCUGGAACACACAGCUCAGAUAGAUGACAUCACGGCAGACCACCAGCUGCAGAUACAACAGCUACAAGCCAAGCUGUGUGAGGUGAAUGGAGAGAUGGUGGCAGUACAGGAGUGUUACAUCUCACUAUGCAAGGACAAAGACAGGCUGGAGGAAAACCUGCAGGGAAGAAUGGAGGAGGAGCAGAAGAUGAAGAGGGAGAAUGAGCUGGAAACUCUAGAGGAGAACAGAGCUGCUCUGGAGAAGCUGAGGUCAGACCUGGAGAGCCAGCAUCAGGAGAAUGUCACCAAGCUCAGAGCCCUGUGGUCUGAAGAGAAGGACAAGGAGCUCAGACAAGAGGUCCAAACCCAGCUGACCAAGGCCAAGGCUACCUGGAGGGAGGAGAAGGAGGAGAUGGACAGGUCCUGGACUCGGAGGCUGGAGGCAGCCGUAGCAGACGCCAGAGGACCGAGAGCCACAGAUACCCAGGAGUCUCAGACGGACCUAACUGAGGAGGAGAAGGCCUGUCAGACACCCAGCCCUGAGAGGGCCAAGGCUGCUCCAGGCUGCACUAUUGAGGAGCUGGACACCAGGCUCCGGGAACAGAGGCUCCAGCUGCAGCGAGAGGCAGACACGGCACGACGCAGAGCAGUGGAGGAUGCUGGGAAACGAGUCCAGAAAGAACUACAGGAGAAACACUUGGAGGACAUGUCCAAACAGGUUGAAGGAGCAGUAAGCAGAGCCUACAGCCGCUGGCUCCAGGACCUCCCCUCCCUGCCGGAGUACAAGGCAGCGCUCCAGAGAGAACGAGAGAAGUGGGAGAAAGUACAGGAGCAACACGUUCAACAACAGGUGUCCCUAGCCCUGAGAGAAGCAGAGGAGAGGCUGAGGAGUUCGGAAGAGGACGAGCAGGGAGGAGCAGGAGGAGACCAGAGGGUUGAGGAGCUCCAAGAGGAGGUGCGGCGUUGGAGGCAGCUGGAGGAGGACCUGAAGACCGAGGUGGAGGAGGUGGCACAUCUGCAGAGCCAGGUGGAUGAUCUGCAAAGCCAGCUAGACCAUGAGAGGGAGGAGAAGGCUGCCCUGCUGAAAGCCGAGCUACUUGCAGCCAGAGCCUCCUGGAACAGAGAGAAACAGCAGGAGAUCUCCUCCCUGCAGGCCUUCCAGGAGGAGAAGCUGAAACAGGCGCAGAAGGAUGUGCGGAAGGAGGCGAAUGCGGAGGCGGAGCGCCAGAGGAAAGAGCUCCUUUUGCAGAAGGAAGCUGAGCUGCAGCAGGCUCUGAGGGACCGAGAGGAGGACUGGAAGAGGCAGGAGGAUAGAAGGGGCAAGGAGGAGAGGAGGCAGGGCAGAGCGGAGGAACGGGAGGAGGUGCUCCAGGAGCUUAAGGCUGGGCUGAAGGAGGUGCAGUCUGUGCUCCUCAGAGUAGGAGCCCACAAGGAUAACGGAGGAGAGGUGGAGGGGAGGAGGAGAGCCAGUGGGAGCAUCAGGGAACUCCUCAUGUCUACCUGUAAAGACCUCCUCCUUAAAGCUGUAUCCCAGGCCAAGAAGGAGUGGAAGAAGAUCAGUGAGGAGAGGCUUGGCCGGGUGCUGAAGGAAACUCGGGAGCGUCAUGAGAAAGAACUCAACCAGAUUCAUAGCUCCACUGCUCAGACGGAAGAGGGUGGUUGUGGGAAGCAGUGUGCUGAGACCGUGUCCGAGCUGCAGAAGAAGAGUCGGGACCUCCAGAGGCAUCUAGAGAAGGCCUGCAGACAGCUACAGAUGACCGUCAAGGACCACAAGGCCUCAAUGCAGUGCCUCAAAGAUGAGCACGAGGUGGCCCUACGGAAAGAGAAAAAGGACAACCUGCUGAAACUUGAAGAAUUGAAAAGCUCUGCAGCCAAAGAAUCCUCUGUGGGUACAGACAUAGAGCAGAGUCUCCAUGCUGGCCUUGAAGAGAUGAGGGAGCAGUACAUGACGGCUGUUGAGAAAAUCAGAGGUGACAUGCUACGCUACCUCAAGGAGAGUAAGGAGCGAGCAGCGGAGAUGAUCCGUGUCGAGGUGCUGAGAGAGAGGCAGGACACAGCCAGGAAGAUGAGACGCUACUACCUCACCUGUCUACAGGAACUUCUAGAGGACGGGGGGAGGGCCACAGGGGCUGAGAAGAAAAUAAUUCACGCUGCGAGUAAACUGGCAGCCAUGGCCAAAGUGUUGGAGACCCCUACCAAGAGGAAAACGGGAAAGAGCCACAGCUUACCGGGCUCGUCAUCAAAGACAGAGGCCGCUCCUGACAACCAUCCAGGCAACGCUUCAGGUUCCCCUUCUAAUAAAACCCGAUGUCCAGCAAGCCACUUCCCUGAGUUCACCAUGUCCAGUGGUGAUGAGGGGAGGAUCCUGAAGGCCAAGACGUACUCUGACCCUGACUCCAAAACCACCUCAGCUGCAGUCAACACCACCUGGAAUACUAGGCCUGUGAGUAAACCCACCCACCUGAACCUCCUGACCAAUGGAAAGGAGAACGGAGCCCCUGCAAACAUGCUUGGGAAACCCCAUGUCUCUUCAGGACUCUUCCUCUCACUUCCUCCUCACAAAUCCUCUCAUCAAAUUGGUAAAACCUCCCUCGACUGUUACCGUGGUGAUUUUACUAACGUUACUCUGAGGACCCAGACCAGCAGGGAGCUGUACCUGCAGGGGGCGGAGUCGGGGAGAUCAGACGAUGACAACUUCCUGUGUCACCGUAGUAACGCUAAACCCUUCCUGGUCCAGGAGGAGCUUCCCGUUAGAGACGAAGGAGGAUCAAGCGAUUGGAGUUUGUCCAGUAAUGGGUCCCAAGAUGGCCGCCACGUCCUCGCAGUUUCCUCUCACCCAGGCAGAAAAAUGGAAACUGUGAAACGGUUCCCUUUGCGUGGAUCUUCUUCAGCUGAUGACCUGGGUGAUUUCGAUAACCUCGCCACUGACAACUCUGACGUGACAGUUUACAAAGACUUUGUCAAUGUUCAGUCUUGCGCCAAAUCCUCGACUUUCCCCAGUGUCCCGCCUCAGACCAAAGCUUUAACUCCGUCUGUCCCCACUAUGAAGACUGGUAGUAGUAGAUCAGGUCACAGAGAGCCUGUCCCUGGCUCUGAGGGGGACUGGCAGAAUCAGAACCAGCUCCAGAACAGGCUGUGUUCUACGAGUCUGUUCUCUGAGCUGAAGCGGAGUCAACAGCAGGACGGUGGUUUUGACGAUCCAUUCUCUCAUCGGAAAUAAGAGCUAACAGUCCUAAGACUCUGUAUGAUCCUGUUCUUAUAAAGGGAGGAAAUGGAGCAAGUGGAGAUUUCAGUGAGUCUUGAAUUUUGUAUUUUAGCUUUACAUUUACAUUAUUUGAGUCAUUUAGCAGACGCUCUUAUCCAGAGUGACUUACAGGAGCAGUUAGGUUUAAGUGACUUGCUCAAGGGCACAUCGACAGAUCUUUCACCUCGUCGGCUUGGCGAUUGGAACGAUCUUAACCGCUCGGCUACCUACCGCCCCACAUGAUAUGAUGUGGGAAAUGACUGAGGUAAUCAUUACGCCGAGGUAAUCAUUACGCCGAGGUAAUCAUUACGCCGAGGUAAUCAUUACGCCGAGGUAAUCAUUACGCCGCGGCAAUCAUUACGCCGCGGCAAUCAUUACGCCGAGGCAAUCAUUACGCCGAGGUAAUCAUUACGCCGAGGUAAUUCUAAAUUGCCACAAACGUGUACAAGUAAACCUCGUGUUCAUGUGUGUUAGGACCAAUAGCAAUCUUAGGUUGUGGUGUGCAGUGAAUGUGCCUUCAAGAACGGAUGGAUACGUAGUAGGAUACAAGCCUUGUGUGACCCUGGCUUCUUUCUAGUCAAUGAUUUCCACGUUUCUAAAACGUUACACUUCUUCUGUCUUGUGUUCUUUUUAAUGUUUUUUUAUCUGUACUGAAGGAUUUAUUUUAUUUUUGUUUUUCUAAAUUAAACUAUUUUUUAUAUCAAGGUUUUGAGAGAUGCUGUGCAUGUAACAAAAUACACUUCUUUAUAAUAAAAAUGAUGUUGCUUUAAUCUAAUUUAUAAUAACUUUUCGUUUAGAUCUUAAUGAUGUGGACUGUAAUAAAAAGGGUUCUAUUAACUCA